UAUGUUCAAAGGUAAUAAUUUUCCAUGACGCUUGUUGAAACAAGUGAUAAGCAUGUAUGCUUAGAUGCUGAAAGAACUAACACAUCUACCCCAGAAAGAAAUCUCGAUAUUUUGAACAUUAAACCAAUGGAUGCAGGGCUGAUGAAAGAGAAACCAGAGAACUGCAAGGUCAACAAAUUAUUCGUGGAUGACAUUGUUGUAACAUCUUCGAACAAUGAUUCCGUUGUUGAAUGUGAAAAUAUUCGAAGUGAUCCUGUGUUGAAAUUUAGCAAUGAUGAAGGAAUAGAAGUAGACACUCAGCUGAUUUCCGAAGAUAAAACUAAUAAAAAGCCUAUUGAAAACGAUUGGGGUAAAUGCAAAGACGAUAUCAUAGAUAUUAAAAAUAAACCAGGGGAAAACAUUGUUGAUCAACAAAAUAAUGAUUCCGACAUCGGCAUCAAAUUCGAAUCUGGGCGACACAAGAAAACCAUCACUGAUGUGAAUAAUAUCAAGCAAAGUGCAGAAACCGACGAACGCAUGGAAGAUGAUGCCGAUUCUGAUGAUAUGUCUGAACACGAAUUUGAUAACAUGAUAAAGGAACAAAACAAUUUUCAUAAAGCUAAUUCAUCUACGGCAAUAAGUGAGGACAAUAAUGAUGUCAAUGCUUGGUUUCUCGAGAAAAGCGAUGACAAUUCUUUUAACGCAAACAUUUGGAAACUGGAUUCGGAAAACAAUACAAAUAAGGAUCAAAAGACACUUACUAUAGACGAAUAUGCUGAUAUGCUUCUGACCGAUCCGGAUUUGGAUAAGGCUGAUAUUGUUGUGAUAAGGCAAAAACACGAAAAUAACGACACGUUGACAUCGCAAACCGUCACCGUGAAUGAACAAAUUGAAAAGACAGAUUCAACAGACAUAGUCGAUAGACUUCUUAACACAAAUCAUAUAACAGAAGAAGAUCUAAAUUGCCUUGUUGGAUCUAUAUCCAUGACAAGUCAAGCCCAAACGGAUGCAACAUUGACGGACGCCAUCGACGAUCUCGAGUCGCUCCUAACUGAAGAAUAGAUCUGGCAAAAGAAAUCAUAUACUGUAUAUACAUGUAACAAUACCAAACAAAAGUUGAUGCAAGCACUAUAUCUAAAAUAGAAGUUCACAAUGUGACAAAGAAUUUACCCACCAUUGUUGGGAAAUCUAUCAAGUUGAGGUUUACGACUGCCAAAACAUAAGAUUUAAUACCAUCCCCUCAAAAAUAUACUAUUAAUUUUCAAUGCUUUCAUAAAUAGAUGUAAGAAGGACGAAUAAACGAAAUAUACUAUUCACUGUUAAAAUUUCAAUCAGGCUAAAAUCCUCCACACGCAGAGCUUUUAACAUCCUCCACUCUACUUUGGAAAGGGGAAACGAACAUAGUGGGCGGUGUAUAGAGCCCUGUGUUCGUAGAAUGAUAAUUAGCACGUGAAUUUCCAGCUACGAUAUUUAAUACAUAUGUAUGAC